AUGUUAUGCGUUACUGUUGGAACAACUCAAAGAUUUUUUGUCUCAAAACACGGUUGGUUUUAUUAUGGGUGUACUAAAUGUUCUCUAAAGGCAUCUGAUGUGAACAAUCCAUACAAAUGUUCAUGUGGACAGAAUGUAGAACAUGCCAUACCGAGGUAUCGAGUUGACAUAUAUGUGGUUGAUGGUGAUUCCAAAUUUCGCUUUGUGUUUUGGGACUCUGACUGUGCCGACAUUAUUGGAAAGUCUGCUGAUAGUAUUUAUAAAGCAAUGCUUGAGGAAGGUGACGACGACCCAAUGAUAUAUCCAGAUGAUCUUGACAUGCUACUUGGUAAAAAGAUGGCGUUUAGGGCUAAAGUUCAGCCAACAUUUGGCCAAGCAUCUGUUUGGAAACUUUCCUAUGAUGAAGAGUUUGUAAAGGAAAUUGAGAAAGAUUAUAUUACUGAUGAAGGAGAUAGCAAAUCUUUAAACCAAAACCCAGUUGUUGAUCGUGUUGAUGAAUCCAUUGAGUCGUUGUCGGCAUAUGGAGAAAAUGAUCCUGAUAAACAAGUGACCAAUACUCCAUCCAAAGGAAGUCCUGUUUAUCUUGAUGCUGAAGAUUCCGAAUUACAAGCGUAUGGUACUACCCAGCUCUCAGGAACCAAGCCUGCAAAGAAAGUUAAGAUUGAAUCGGAUGCAUGAAGACUCCACCAGAACCACUUUAAUUUCCAUCAUUAUUGUUAUUUUGUGAUAUUUUCUUGACAGUUGUUUUAA